AUGUCCAAGCCUUCGGACCACAUCAAGCGCCCCAUGAACGCCUUCAUGGUCUGGUCCCGGGGACAGCGUCGGAAGAUGGCCCAGGAGAACCCUAAAAUGCACAAUUCGGAGAUUAGUAAGCGCCUCGGGGCCGAGUGGAAGCUGUUGUCCGAGGCCGAGAAACGCCCUUACAUAGACGAAGCCAAGAGGCUGCGCGCCCAGCACAUGAAGGAGCAUCCCGACUACAAGUACCGGCCCCGCCGCAAGCCUAAGAACUUGCUCAAGAAGGACAGGUAUGUCUUCCCUUUGCCUUACCUCGGGGAUACCGACCCCCUCAAGGUGGCAGGGCUCCCCGUGGCAGCCACAGACUCUCUGCUCGGCUCCCCGGAGAAGGCGAGGGCCUUCCUGCCCCCCACCUCCGCACCCUAUUCUUUACUUGACCCCAGCCAGUUCAGCUCCAGCGCCAUCCAGAAGAUGACCGAGGUGCCCCACACCUUAGCUACCAGCACUCUGCCCUACGCCUCAACCUUGGGAUACCAGAAUGGGGCUUUUGGCACCUUGAGUUGCCCGAGCCAGCACACCCACACUCACCCGUCGCCAACCAACCCAGGCUACGUGGUGCCUUGUAACUGUACGGCUUGGUCUGCGUCCAGUUUGCAGCCUCCUGUUGCCUACAUAUUAUUCCCGGGCAUGACCAAGACUGGAAUAGACCCCUAUUCUUCAGCGCACGCUACAGCCAUGUAA